AUGCGCACAGCUGGGGACGCGGCAGCAUGGCCACUCGAGCUAAGCGGAGGAGAGCGGCAGGGCCGCCCGAUUGCCGGGAGGAGGAAAGCGGCGAUGGAGAGGACUCCGACUCGGAGCUGGACAGCGAGGAGAACGAAGAGGAGGAGGAGGAGGAGGAAGAGGAGCUCAAUGAAGAAGUAAAUGUUGAAUUUGAAGCACAUUCAAUAUCUGAUAAUGAUAAGAACGGAAUAAAAAAAUUACUACAACAGUUGUUUCUAAAGGCUCCUAUUAAUACAGGUGAUCUGACUGAUAUAUUGAUACAACAAAAUCACAUUGGGAGUGUUGUCAAGCAAGCAGAAUUUUUAGAAGAUAGUGAUGCUGAUGAAGAUGAUGCUGAUGAGGUUUUUGGUUUCAUAAGCCUCUUAAACCUAACAGAAAGGAAGGGUACUGAAUGUGCUGAACAAAUUAAAGAGCUGGUUUUAAGUCAGUGUGAGAAGAACUGUGAACAGAGUAUGGUUGAACAGCUGGAUAAACUCUUAAGUGACACCACCAAGCCUGUGGGCUUCCUGCUAAGUGAAAGAUUCAUUAAUGUGCCUCCCCAGAUCGCUCUGCCCAUGCACCAGCAAUUGCAGAAAGAACUGACGGAAGCUCAAAAAACAAACAAGCCUUGUGGAAAAUGUUACUUCUAUCUUCUAAUUAGCAAGACUUUUACUGAUAAGAAGAGUAGUGCUAGAAAAAAAGGAAGCAAUGUCCGCCAGAAAGAGGAGCUGAUGUUUUCAAAUGCUGAGGAUGAAUUCUUUUAUGAGAAAUCACUUCUGAAGUUCAGUUACUCGGUAGAAGAAGAAAGUGACUCGUGUUUGGGAGGCAGAUGGUCUUUUGAAGAUGUACCCAUGAAACCUUUGCGAACUGUGAUGGUAAUCCCUGCUGACAGGAUGGAUGCCAUCAUGGAUAAGCUCAAAGAAUAUCUUUCUAUCUAAACAACUUUUUGUGCUAACAGUUUUAUGAAGUCACCCUGUAAGACUUGCUUGACUUUUAAGCGGUGUCUGGAACUUUUCUAUAUCAAUUCUGCACUCUUUCAUGAUCUCCUUUUGUUUCUUCAAAAUAUGUCAGUUAUACAAGUAGCCACAUGCAACAUCUGCUGUUAUGAGAUGGCAUUUAAGAACAUUAGUAUGAUUACAAGUGGAAUAAAAAAAAAUCAAACCUAAUCAUUAAAUAAUGCUGGAUACUUUUCUAAACAGCUAUACAUCAUUUCCAUAUUGCCAAAGGUCAUAGAAAAAUCACUUAUUCUCAUUGUGUUUUGUUGUAGAAUAUCUGAUCACUUACCACAUCUUAUAAGACUUAUAUUGUAAAAACUGGUGUUGGGGCAUAUCCUAUACAUACAGGUUAUGUAUACAACAUAGUUUGGGAUAGGAAACUUAUUGAAUAAUACAUCUUUGUUCAGUCGGUAUUUCAAGAUAUUUUUCAUAAUUUUUAUCUUCGCUGUUUGCUUUUUGUUCCUUGUCUGUUACUGAAAUGGGUGAUAAAUGAUUGAUUACUUCCUGCAGAAUAGCCUUGCUCUCACUAGCAGGCAGAUUGCUAAAAUAGUAUUGAGGUACCAGCUCCACAAACCUGAUAAGAAACAGAACAAAGAAAGGAGGGUAUAUUAUAAGGCAACAAUUUCUUCGUAUUUUGUAUGACUGUUUUUAUUACUCAUGUAACAAAUGAGUAAUAUGCAGACACAUUUGAUGUAUUAAGUAUAGAGAUUCACAGUUGGAAUCCAGGAUUGGUUCCAAAGAAAAUAUUCCAUGUAAGCGUAUACCCUUUAAACAUCUCUGUGAUUUAAGAUGCCCCCUCUGUUCUUCAAGUAGUGGUGCUAUUAGGCUUUCAGGUGUUGCAAAUUGCAUAUUAAAUACAGAGUAGUUCUAUAUUCUAUAUUUGAGCAUAUUCUGCGCAAAUUCUACCUACAGCUUUAGUGCAUACCCUAUUGAAAUUCAGGUAAGCUGUGGAAUAACAGCCUUUUUUAUCUGUUUCAAUUGAUCUGAACUAGGAAGAGUUUCCUGCUGCUAUGCGGAUUGUUACUAGCCCACUGCCCACACACAUCAAUGCAAGUCAUUUGUGACACAUCAACCGCAUAAAAAAAAGGGGUGGGGGAGCCAGUUGAUUUCCAGCCUACAAAAACUUCCCUGCCUAGUUGCCUCCAGGCAAUUCUUACUUACCACAGAGAGGAGUCAGGAAAAUUUAAAGCCUGAUGUGUUGACAAAAUAUAAAGCAGGCUUUUUGAUCCGUGGACAGAUGUGUGGUUUUACACUUUUUAAAAAUAUUGUUUCACUUGGGUUUUAUAGAUGUAUAUUAAUUCCAAAACAUACCCUUCAAUUUAGAAAUAGUACAGUCAAUUCUAUAUUAUUAAAAAGAGACAUUAUUGUGUUUUGAACUCCAUAUUUAGGGAAACAUAACAUGAAAUUAGUAACACAGGACUGAAGCAGCUGAAGGCUGAAUGUCCCACUUUUAAAUUCCUAAUUAAAAAUGUAAUCCCUUAUCCCAUGGUUCAGUAAGUGAAAUGCUUUUAACUAAAAAUUAUUUUAGAUUUUUAUGGAAAGCAUUUCUGCAGUUCAGCCAUGCUGAGCUGCAAACCUCAAACCAUCUGUACAAGAAUAGUCUCCUUGACUUCAUAAUGAGAAUAUAUAUGACUGUAGUCUCUACAUUGUCUGCUCUACAAGGACCGUUUUUUAAACCUAGUUUAAAAUUUAGCACUGGCAACAACAAAAAUGAAGUUAAUUUAAUAAAGAUCU